CUCCGCCCGUGGGGGCUGGGGGGCCGGGGGGCAGAGGCAGGCAGAACUGUCCCCUCUGGGUACGGGGGCUGGGACCGGAGCCAGGGUCCCUCCUGUCUCGGCUGUCUCCUCCAUCUUGUUCCCCAUGUCACCCUGUCCUCCUCCUGUUCUGGGGACCAACUGCUCUCACCUGCCACCUUCCCUGCUCCCCACCACCUCCCCCUGUCUCCUUCUCUGUCUCUCCCAUCCCAACGCCCUGGCCCCUGGACAGCCGGCAGGUGCGCUCUGGGCGUGUCCACACUCUGCCCCUCUUGGGUCCCCCCGCUGCCCGCAGGGCUCUGCCACAGCGCCGCUCUCUCUCUCGGUCCCUGCUCAGGUACCUGGGGCAGGGCAUGAGUGUGUGGACGUCAGGUGGCGUGUGCAUGGCUUGCGAUCUCUUGGGGGCUGCCAGUGCCUUUGGUGUUCCCUGGGGUUCCUAACAGCAGGUCCUGGUGGUGUUUUUCCUUGCAUGUCCAAGAGGUGUGGACAGCUUGCCUGGCCUUGCAGUGCCCACUGCCUGAGUUCUGUGGAGUCUGAGGUCAAGCUGCUGCCUGGGGCCAAGCUCUCUGGCGAAGGGCUGAGCUCUGCGUGCCAUCUGUGGACUCAGUGUCUCUCCAUGAACCUCCCUCUCUGGGAUGGGCUGAGGACCGGUGUAAAAUACUCACUUGGGCAAGGCCUGCCAUCUGCGCUUCUAGUGGGAAUUUGGAGUUGGCUAAUUGCUUAGGGGUGGCCAGGGCCGGAACCCAUCCAUCCUCUUAAUUAGACCCAGCACACCUGGCCCCAGGCCCCAGGCCCCGGGCGUGAUUGGAGGCUUGGGUUGGGGCAUGUUGUCCGCCCUGGCGGGGCCGGGGGACGACCUGGCUUCCCCUUGCUGAGACCCUCCCGUGGCAGGGGCACCGCGGACUGGUUCGGAGUGAGCAAGGACAGUGACAGCACCCAGAAGUGGCAGCGGAAAAGCAUCCGCCACUGCAGCCAGCGCUAUGGAAAGCUGAAGCCCCAGGUCAUCCGGGAGCUGGACCUGCCCAGCCAGGACAAUGUGUCUCUGGCCAGCACUGAGACGCCCCCUCCGCUGUACGUGGGGCCGUGCCAGCUGGGCAUGCAGAAGCUCCCGCUCGGGCUGCAGCCGGUUCCCGCGGCGACGCAAGCGCGAAUCGGUGGCCAAGAUGAGCUUCCGGGCGGCCGCGGCCCUGAUGAAGGGCCGCUCUUUUAGGGAUGGCACGUUGCGCCGGGCGCAGCGCCGAAGCUUUACUCCUGCCAGCUUCCUGGAGGAGGACACAGCUGACUUCCCCGACGAGUUGGACACGUCCUUCUUUGCCCGGGAAGGAGUCCUCCAUGAGGAGCUGUCCACGUACCCAGACGAGGUGUUCGAGUCCCCUUCGGAGGCGGCGCUCAAGGACUGGGAGAAAGCCAUGGAGCAGGCCGACCUCACGGGUGGGGCCCUGGACCGCAGUGAACUUGAGCGCAGCCAUCUGAUGCUGCCCCUAGAACGAGGCUGGCGGAAGCAGAAGGAGGGUGGAGCAGCAGCCCCGCAACCUAAGGUGCGGCUACGGCAGGAGGUAGUGAGCACGGCGGGUCAGCGGCGGGGCCAGCGCAUCGCGAUGCCCGUGCGCAAGUUCUUUGCCAGGGAGAAGCGGCCGUACGGGCUGGGCAUGGUAGGCCGGCUCACCAACCGCACUUACCGCAAGCGUAUCGACAGCUAUGUCAAACGUCAGAUCGAGGACAUGGAUGACCACAGGCCCUUCUUCACCUACUGGCUCACCUUCGUGCACUCGCUCGUCACCAUUCUAGCCGUGUGCAUCUACGGCAUUGCGCCUGUGGGCUUCUCGCAGCAUGAGACCGUGGACUCGGUCCUGCGGAACCGCGGGGUCUAUGAGAACGUCAAGUAUGUGCAGCAGGAGAACUUCUGGAUCGGGCCCAGCUCGGAGGCUCUCAUUCACCUCGGUGCCAAGUUCUCGCCCUGCAUGCGCCAGGACCCGCAGGUGCACAGUUUUAUCCGCGCCGCGCGGGAGCGUGAGAAGCACUCGGCCUGCUGCGUGCGCAACGACCGGUCGGGGUGCGUGCAGACAUCGGAGGACGAGUGCUCGUCCACACUGGCAGUGUGGGUGAAGUGGCCCUUACACCCCAGUGCCCCAGACUUUGGCGGCCACAAGAGGCAGUUUGGCUCUGUCUGCCACCAGGACCCCAGGGUGUGUGAUGAGCCCUCCUCAGAGGACCCCCACGAGUGGCCAGAUGACAUCACCAAGUGGCCGAUCUGCACCAAAAACAGCGCUGGGAACCACACCAACCACCCGCACAUGGACUGUGCCCUCACGGGCCGGCCCUGCUGCAUCGGCACAAAGGGCAGGUGUGAGAUCACCUCCCGGGAGUACUGUGACUUCAUGAGGGGCUACUUCCAUGAGGAGGCCACACUGUGCUCGCAGGUGCACUGCAUGGAUGACGUGUGUGGGCUCCUACCCUUCCUCAACCCUGAGGUGCCUGACCAGUUCUACCGCCUGUGGCUGUCCCUCUUCUUGCACGCUGGGAUCCUGCACUGCCUGGUGUCCGUCUGCUUCCAGAUGACCGUCCUGCGGGACCUGGAGAAGCUGGCAGGCUGGCACCGCAUAGCCAUCAUCUACCUGUUGAGUGGUGUCACUGGUAACCUGGCCAGUGCCAUUUUCCUGCCAUACCGGGCAGAGGUGGGCCCAGCCGGCUCGCAGUUUGGCAUCCUGGCCUGCCUGUUCGUGGAGCUCUUCCAGAGCUGGCAGGUCCUGGCACGGCCCUGGCGUGCCUUCUUCAAGCUGUCGGCUGUGGUCCUCUUCCUGUUCACCUUUGGCCUGCUGCCCUGGAUCGACAACUUCGCUCACAUCUCGGGCUUCAUCAGCGGCCUCUUCCUGUCCUUUGCCUUCCUGCCCUACAUCAGCUUCGGCAAGUUUGACCUGUACCGCAAGCGCUGCCAGAUCAUCGUCUUUCAGGUGGUCUUCCUGGGCCUCCUGGCCGGCCUGGUGGUCCUCUUCUACUUCUACCCCGUCCGCUGUGAGUGGUGUGAGUUCCUCACCUGCAUCCCCUUCACUGACAAGUUCUGUGAGAAGUACGAGCUGGACGCCCAGCUCCACUGAGCUGGCCGGGGCACCGGGGCUGUGAGCCCCAGCAGGCCAGAGCCGGGCACGCUGUCCGCCCCGAGCCUCACAGGCCACAGGACUCGGCCUGCGAGCCCUGUGUGCCGGCCUGCCCAUUUCCUGAACACUGACCUCUUGUGCCUUGUUCACCGCUGGUGAACGUCUCGUACUUCAGGGCAUUUAUUACACUAGUUCCCACGAUUACCUUCUAACUAGUUUCUGGACGACCACCUCAUGUGGCCAAUAAAUGGACCGGGAGCGUUUUAGCUGCCACUAACUUAUCA